UUCUCUGUAAACCGGAAGUGAAGACUGGGAAGAGCUCUUUUUCCACCACGGGCCGCUCCAGGACAGAAUGUUCUUGUUCUUACUUAAAGGACUCUGCUGAGACUCCCAGCAGCUGGGUUACUCAAGCCACAGCUCAGCAAACUGUUCUGCAAUGAAGACAGGUCUCCUUCCCCUGUGUGUGUGCCUGCUGCUGGCCUCUGGCUCAGGUGAGGCAGGCAAGCUGCUGGUGGUCCCCAUGGAUGGCAGUCACUGGUUUACCAUGAGCUCGGUGGUGGAGAAGCUCAUUGAGAGAGGGCAUGAGUUGGUUGUUGUCAUGCCAGAGGUGAGUUGGCAACUGGGACAGUCCCUGAAUUGUACAGUGAAGAGCUACAAGACGUCUCACACCCUGGAAGAUAUGGACCGUGAGUUCAAAGAUUUUGUCAGAUCUCAAUGGUACAUUCCGGUGAAAAACUUAUUUAACCUUAAGAAGGGUCCAUUGUACAAUUUUUUUGAACUCAUUUUUUCGCAUUGUAGGAGUUUGUUUAAUGACAAGAAGUUAGUGGAGUACUUAAAAGAAAGCUCUUUUGAUGCAGUGUUUCUGGAUCCUUUUGAUAUGUGUGGCUUAGUGGUUGCCAAAUAUUUAUCACUGCCAUCUGUGGUGUUCACCAGAGGAGUAUUUUGCCACUAUCUGGAAGUAGCUACGCAGUGUCCUCAUCCUCUUUCUUAUGUUCCUAGAGGUCUGUUAAGAUUUUCAGAUGUCAUGACCUUCAAGGAGAGAGUUUGGAACCAUAUCACUCAUUUUCAAGAGCGUUUAUUUUGCCACCAUUUUUUCAAAAGUAUUUUAGAACUUGCUUCUGAAGUUUUCCCAGAGCCUGUCACACUCUAUGACCUCUUCAGCCACACCUCAAUCUGGCUGUUAAGAACUGACUUUGUUUUAGAACAUCCCAAACCUGUGAUGCCCAACAUGGUCUAUGUGGGUGGUAUCAACUGCCAUGAAGGAAAACCUUUGUCGAAGGUGAGUCCUAGCUCCUUUAACAUUUUUUUUUUCAAGAAAGACUGCUGUUCAGCUGUUACUUGUGACUUACUAUCAUUGUUGGAAACUUAAAUGUGCUGUGUGAAUUCUUUGUAUGAUAUGUUAUCCAAUGUUGCAAGUCUUUUCUCAUUGAUUGACAUGUAUGUGUAGGCACUUCAUCUCAUAAUAAAUGAUCUCAGGUUGCAUUUUAUCUAUCUAUCUUUUUCUCUAAAACACUAUUUUAAAAAUUAUUUUCAUGAUAUGGUUCUAUAGCUCUGUGAUUUUUCUCCCACCUUUCUAGAUCCCCUCCCCCCAUAGAUUUUUCCUGUAUU